UGCGAAAGUCAAUUGCCGGUGAAGCGUAAGAGCAAUUGGAAGUGUUGGCAGGUGUUGGUAUUGUGUGGCUUUUCGAUUAAUUAUUGGACUUAAUUGAAGUUAAAAGUUUUAAAAAUAAAAAAAAAUAACAAAAAAUUUGUGAAAAUGUACAGUCAAGAGGAUUUGCGUAAAAUAUUCAAAAUUGUCCUGGUUGUUAUGCUGUGCUGUGAGAUGCAACCCAGUGACACCCAAUUGGAUACCUAUGAAGAUCGAAUUCUAUAUAAUCGCCAUGAUCUCAAUGGCACAGAGGCCUCUUUCAACAAUACCAAAUAUCAUGCCUCCAUACGUCUAAAGGAAAAGGAUCAACAUUAUGGUGUGGGUCAUAUGUGUUCGGGAGCCUUGAUAGCUCCUUCGGUGGUGUUGACAACAGCGAGUUGUGUUUAUAACUAUGAUGAAAAUAAACCUUAUCAUCCAUCCGAGUUGAAAGUGGUUUUAGGCUCGAUGGCACGUUAUCAACGCCACGAGCAAACCUUAAUAUAUAGCGUGACACACAGUUAUCAACCAGCAACAUUCGAUGCCGAAAAGCUACGUGACAAUUUAGCCAUACUGAUGUUGGAACGUGACAUACCCGCUGUGAAUGAACACAUCAAACCGAUUACCCUGCAACCGUACAACACUAAUUGGUAUGACAAAGAGAGCGAUAAGCAAUUUAAGGUUACCACCUGGCUAAAGACACCCGAGGGUCUCUUUUUGAAUCCCCUCAUGUUUUUGGAUGCCACUCAUGUGGGCGAUAAGGAGUGCAAACAACAAUAUGGUCAUCUAUAUGGACCUGGCAUGUUGUGCAUGAAGACCUCAACGCCCAUGGUUUUAACAGAUGUCGGUUCUCCCCUGUUUGUGGACAACAAACUUAUGGGUCUGAUGAGCUUUACCAUGGGCACAGAUGACUCUGCGGUCUAUACAGACAUUACCUAUCAUUCCAAAUGGAUUGCUGAACAUAUUGGCAAUGGCCAUAAUCAAAACAGUUCAGUAUGGGGUAUGCUGGGAUUCCUAACACUCACCUGGAUUGCCGUGAGACGUUCCAAAUAUUUUAAGUUGUAAUUAUUGUUAUUUGUUACGUUACGUCAAAAGUAAUUUUGUUAGAAAAAAAGAUCUCGUUGAAGAAGAAGAAGAAUUUGUUAUGUUUGUUAAUUUAAGCACCUUAGAUGUUAGUAAGAGUACAAAGAAUCUGCCAAAAGCUGUUUUCGAGUAUAACAGUAUUUUUCUUUAGCAAAUAAGUUAUUGUAGCUAAUUUAAAUUGGAAAAGAUAUUCAAAAUUUUUUACAGUAAAAAAAAGAGCAACGAAUUGCAAUUUUACAACUUAUAACAA